AUGAUAACUAAAAUGCCCUUGAGAAUAGCAAGAACCUUAUUCCCCUUGAACAUUCCUGGAUCUCAAAUAAGUAUUCCACAAUCAUCAAUCGAAAUAAGUAUAAGGAGUGUUUAUUUAAAGAUCAGCUACUUUAACUUACAGAAAAGGAAAAAAUGUUUGAAACCAUUACAAUAAACAGCAAUCCCUAAAUAUGUGAUUAGCUGAAAUGGAAUGGUUUCAAAUUCAAAGAUUCUGAAGACCAAUUAAGAAUAGAACUAAGUAAAAAUGUCGAAAAUGUUUAAAUUUUAAUAUGUUUUGAUUUCUACAAUAGAUAAUAAUCAAAUGAGACAGAUGUUAUUGAUAGUUAAAUACUCCAAAUUCAAAGUUCUUCAGAAAUCUCACUCAGUUCUUUAUAAGGAACCUCAUCUCCAUUUAGUAUUUAUUUGACCAAAGGAAAUGGAAUCAUCUCAUGUUAUGAAUGUCUAGCCCACAAUGGGAAGGUAGAACAAUUAUGUUAACUGUAGAUAAAAAUUGAAAUGAUUUCGAUUAUUGAUGACAUUGAGGAACAUAAAUAAAUUCCUAGAGAAUGCAGAGGAUUGGAAGAUUAUAAUGGAAGUAAUCAUCUCAUCGAUGAAACUGUACAAUAUUUGAUAAUAAACAAAGAUAUAACAGGAGAUGUUGAAUUACUUAAAGACUUUUGAAAUAGAUUCAGAACUUGCUCAAUUUGUACAACAUAUUCAACUAUAAAAAGAGCAAGUUCUAAAUGAAAUUAAUUUGAAAUCCAAGGUCAUACUUCAUGAUUGA